GUGACAGCUCCUGAGUGUCUCUGUUGGCAGGUGAAAGAGCUGGUUCUUGAUAACUGCCGUUCGGAUGAUGGGAAGAUCGUUGGGCUCUCUUCAGAUUUUGAGAACCUGGAGUUCCUCAGCAUGAUCAACGUCAACCUGCUGUCCAUCUCCAAUCUCCCCAAACUUAACAAGCUCCGAAAGCUGGAGCUGAGUGAUAACCGGAUUUCUGGUGGCCUUGAAGUUCUAGCAGAGAGAACUCCUAACCUGACACACUUGAAUCUAAGUGGCAACAAGAUCAAAGACAUCAAUACCCUGGAACCCUUGAAAAAGUUGCCAAACCUGCAUAGUCUGGACCUCUUCAACUGCGAGGUGACAAUGCUCAUCAACUACCGGGAGAGUGUGUUCACCCUUCUGCCCCAGCUCACAUACCUAGAUGGAUUUGAUGCUGAUGAGCAGGAAGCUCCAGACUCAGACCCUGAGGCAGAUGGGGAUGGCCUGGAAGAUGAAUAUGAGAAUGGAGAAGAAGGUGAGGAAGAGGAGGAUGAUGAUGAGGAAGAUGACUUGGAUGAAGAAGUCAUUGAUGAAGAAGACGAUGAAGAUGAUGAUCUGGAAGGUGAAGAGGAGGAGGAUGGAGUAGAUGAUGAGGAGGAAGAUGAGGAGGAAGAUGGUGAGGAUGAGGAAGAUGAUGAAGCUGAUGAUGACCUUCCACGGGGGGAGAAGAGAAAACGAAAUCUAGAGGAUGAAGGAGAGGAAGACCCAGAAGACGAAGAGGAUGAUGAGGAUGACUGAUCCCAGCGAGCCAAUCAGUUUUACAGACUAUGACUGUGCUUGUCUUAACCUCCCCGUUGUGUCUAUGUGAGACUGUAAAUCCCCAUCUCCCACUCCUCCUCCCCUUUGUAUGGCUGCAGCGUCCACAAUAUAUUUUUUUAAGAUGUAGAAUACUGUAGGCAUUCAGGGGAAUCUUCCAUACAAGGCUCUCUUUUCUCACAAGAAUCUCAUGACCAAAGGCUUUCUCCGUUCUGUGGUUUGUGCAGCAGUUUGCAAAAAAA